UCCUCUCCCCUCCCCUCCCCUCCCUUCCCCUCCUCGUCUCUCCUCCCUAUUUAACGUCCCGGAGCCUCCACAUAGUCUGACUGAGAACAUGCAGGCUGCGGGGCAUCAACUGGCCGCAGUGCUGGCUCUGUUUGCAGCAGUGUGCGGAGGGUCGCAGGCCGAGGUGAUCGAUGACAUCCUGGGCAGCCUCUCCCGGGGAGCCGCCUUCCUGGAGAGUCAACACGAGCACAUCAACCUGGACGGAGUGGUCGGGUUCCUCAUGCUGCAGGCUGAGCUGAAGGAGGCGGUGCGGACGUGGCCCCACAGCGACCCGGUCAGCUGGGCCCAGAGGACCUCCACCGUGGUUCUGGUCAAACGUUUGGACCGGAGCUUCGAGAAGGCCGUCACCGCCCUGCAGCAGAACGACCCCAAGUACUACAGAGAGUUUGAGCCCCUGCUGUCGUCGAGCUUCUAUCUGAUCCCUCAGGAGUGGCAGUCCACGGACAUCAGCCUGGUGUAUUCCUCCAUCCUGAGCACCGAGUGCUACGACGAGCAGCUCAGCGACAAAUGUCUGACGCUGCUGCUGGGAACCUGGAAGAUGAACGGGACGCCCUGCAUCGUCACCAAACCCUGCCGGGACACCAUGACACGUUUCGGCUGUCCGCACUACUCUCUGUCUCACCAGCUGCUCUACUUCAUGAUCGGGAAAAUGAGGGCUGCCCUGGCAGAGGCGUACCAGAGGGCAACAGAGAAA